GCAUUAAAAAAAAAAAAAGAAAAAAAAAAAAAACUAGUAAAUGAAUAAAAUAUAUCUUUGCCUUAAAAACGGCGUUCAUGACUCUCUUCCCCCUUUCAACUGAAAGCCCUAACCAUCUCUCUCCCUCUACCACCCUCUCAUCUGCAACGACCGGCCAUUACCGACGGCGACCGGCGCUUAAAAGCAACGAACACCGACUGGUGUGUGCAAUAUUAGUGUUUAUUUUGAUGUGGAGGCAGGAGUUUAAGAUAAGGGGGAGGAAUAGCAAGGCCGUUUGGUAAGCAGCUCCCGCCAAGUAUCUUGUCGCACAAUUGGAAGAAAAAGGUUCGGAUGUACUGUUUGCUUGGUAUGGGAAAGGUUACUACCCAUUGUUUGUGCCAUUGGAAUUUUUUUCCCACCUUUUAGUAAAAACAAUACCAUUGAGUUUUUCCCCACAUGAUCGAGUGCUCGAUUGGUUACUUUCUGGUGUUGUAACACUGACCAAGUAAAGUUCCAGUUAUGUGAUUUUAAAAGACGAUUUGUGAUUGAAUGUAUUCAGACUAUGGAAGAUUGGAAGUGGAACACUGGUGUUGAGACAUUGUGAUAUUCUGUAUCUGAUUCUCCUCCUAUAUCAGUGGCUACAUUGUAUCUAUGAUUUGCUGUUCGUGGUCCAUAUUAAAUCCUCCUUUAUUCUUCUCAACCAGCAUUACAGUAUGCUGGGCCAGCAUAAGACAUGAUCACUGAUUGGCUGACCACCUCAUUGUCACUAUAAACAGUAUAUAUUACAUGUCUAUAAUUUUGAUGAUAGUAUGCCAAGCUGUUAUUUAUUAAUUUUAUUUAAAUAUUUGUGUUCUAAGUUUAGAAAAUGUGGUUGAUAAUGAAUUUCUCUAUUAUAUUAAGAAAUCCGUAUCAAGUUAUUUUUAUUCAGUUAUCUAUAUGCUUGCACUUCUCAUCUAUAAUGCAUUAUUUUUCCUUUGUUGCCUGACAUUGAUACUUUUUUACUCAUAAAAGAAAUUGUACACAAUUUUGUUUUGGUGCUUGUGAUAUGCAUAUUCUUUUAAGAACCGUUAGCACCAUGGUCUAUUGCUUUAACCCUUAUUAAUGUCUGUGAUAUUGUUUUGUUAGUUGAUUCGACUCUCGUGACUUAGUUAAAUGGGCAUAUAGGCUAGGUUACUUUAACAUCAUAAGCCAUACGUGUUACCAUAGUGGUAUAGAACAACUGGUGACAUGGUGCCUGUCUCUUGCCAUGUGUCAUGCAUGCAGCUGUGCACUCACUUUGUACUACAAUUUUCAUUACAUUGAAAGUCUUUGUAGCUGUUGUUCAUUUAGAUUUAACCUGAUUGUUUGGGAUUGUUAACCUCUCUUCAUCUCGCAGAUAUAUUAUUGAUUUUAACUGAUGGUUUCUACCAUCAAGGCCCUUUAAUUUAUAUGUUAGGAGAGUUUGAAGUGGAUGUAUCUGGGAAGAAUUUGAUUUUUGAGGAUUCCAGUAAAAGGGGAGGCCAAGUCAUGAAAAUUGGUUAUUGAUUCAUGAUGGCAUAACUAUGUCUGUUUGUGCAUCCGUUACAGGAAAGGUUUUCAAACAUACUGCUCCUGAAACUUCUGAAAGAUCAUCAAGAGCUUUGCAGGGGUAACGCUGCUGGAUCUUGCAAGAAAUGGAUCCUGGUCGCUAUGGUCUUCAGCAAGGAUGGGAAAAUAACAGCGCUUUGGAGGGGUAUGGUGCAGUCCACGAGCCAAAUUUCCGGGUUGGUGGUUCAUACGAUAAUAGGAGGUUUAUAGAUGAAAGAUUCUCAAGGGAUAACAUUUAUCCAAGGAAUGCUUUCCACCGGGACAUAUUGGACAGGGAGAACUAUCAACCUCCACCUCCCACAGUUGGUCUGUGGCCUCAAACAAGAAGGAGAAGUUAUGAAGAAGAAUAUCCCCUUGAGAGGGAUUCUAGGCGACAUGAGAAGCCAUACACUGAUUCAUAUCAUGAAUUGGAUACUUUCCGUGAAGCUGACAAGUAUCGCGAUAUUGAUACAUUUCAGGAUUAUGAUAAGUUUCGAGAUAGUUACCGCAGUAUUGACAACUACCAUGAUCAUGGAUUAGACAGGCCUGCUAGGUUUGGGGGACGCAACCGUGAUGAUUAUGCACACGAUGAUUAUGACUAUAGACCUCGUGCUCUUCAAAGUAGGGAGGAUAGCCGCGAGAGAGAUUACGAUUAUGGUAGACAUAGUUAUGAUUCUGAUUAUGAUAGAGGUAGUAAGAAGGAUGGUAAUUGGAGGCGGCGUGAAUCCCGUGACCGUGAGCAUGACAAGAGAUGUUUGAGUCGGGAAAAAGAUCGGAGUCCAUAUAGAAGGCAUGAGCGUUCUCGAUCUCGUGGACAUGAUGAUCGCCUCAGGUCAAGAUCUCCCCGUAGUCGAAGUCAUGGUCGGAGUCAUCGUGAAGACAGCUAUGAUGAUGGUAGACAUGAGGGAAAUGAUAGGCGAAGGGAUCGUGAUGACAAACAUAAGCAUGAUCACUAUUCUGUGACUCCAUCUGCUACUGUUGUUGUGAAGGGUCUAUCACAGAAAACAACUGAAGAAGAUCUAUACCAGAUACUUGCUGAAUGGGGACCCCUUCGCCAUGUCCGUGUUAUCAAAGAGCGAAAUUCUGGCAUCUCUCGUGGAUUUGCUUUUAUUGAUUUUCCUUCCGUGGGAGCUGCCCGUGCAAUGAUGGAUAAACUUGGAGACGAUGGUCUUGUGGUGGAUGGUAGGAAACUUUUCUUUGAGUACAGUAGCAAGCCAACUGGCGGGGCGGGUGGGUCUUCUUUUGGAUCAGACAAUGCAUUAAGAUCGGGUCAUUCUAACUAUAGAAGUAUUACGGUGGCAUCUGAUUGGAUGUGCACCAUCUGUGGCUGUGUCAAUUUUGCGCGGCGAACGUCCUGCUUUCAGUGUAAUGAGAAACGAACUGAUGAUGCUCCACCAGCCGAUAUGACAUCAUCAAAUCCUACACCAUUGGGGAAGAAGGGAGAGGCAGGCCCUACCCAUGUUCUAGUUGUCCGUGGAUUGGACGAAAAUGCUGAUGAAGAAAUGCUUCGUUAUGAAUUUUCCAAACAUGCUCCAAUUAAGGAUCUUCGUCUUGUCAGAGAUAAAUUUACUCAUGUUUCAAGGGGAUUUGCAUUUGUUCACUUUCACUCGGUGGAAGAUGCUACUAAAGCUCUUGAAGCAACAAAUGGGACAACUUUAGAGAAGAAUGGGCAGAUUCUACGGGUAGCAUAUGCGAAAAGCAUUCUUGGACCAGGAUCUGGGGCAUCAGGACCUCAGUCAAGCAGUCUUGCUGCUGCUGCGAUUGAAGCGGCAACAUUCGCUCAACAGUAUGAUGCUGUUGGAUGGGCGCCAAAAGAAUAUAAUCCAAAUGACAAACAAUCCAACGGUGAGCAGGACCAGGGCAGAGGGGAGCUUGCAGUUCAAAAGGAUGGUUUUGUGUGGGAUGAAGCGUCUGGAUAUUAUUAUGAUGCUUCUUCUGGGUUCUAUUAUGAUGGAAAUACAGGUUUAUACUAUGAUGGUAAUAAUGGGAUCUGGUACUCAUAUGAUCACCAAACUCAGCAAUAUGUCCCCUGCACUGAUCAGAAUGACAAUAAAACAUCUGGAAAACAAACUGAAUCUUCCAAGGCAUCUGAUGGCUCUAACAAUAGAAAAGUAGUUAUCUCUGCUCCAGCUGCUACCAUAACAUCAAACGAUAAGGCUGCCUCAUUACCAGAUGUGGUCCAGGCUGCUGCCAAUGCAGCAAUAGCUGCAGAGAAGAAAGAUAAGGAGAAGCUGAAGGAGAUAAGACUUGCUUCAAAGAGCAGUAUUCUGGCCAACAAGAAGAAAAUGAAUAAUGUGCUAACAAUGUGGAAGCAACGGAGUCAUGAAGGGCAAGCACCCCGUGUGUCUCUUGAUGACAAUCAGCCAUCUGCUUCAGCUGAAGAAAGAUCCAAUUCUGCUGGUCCAUCCACCAAGAGCAAGUUCAAAACCGAGGCAGUGACCACAAAGGAGAGCACUGCAGCCAGUUCUAUAUUUACAACCACCACACCUGCUGCUCAAUCUGUAGGGUUGGAGGCUGAGGAUAGGCCAAGGCCUGUUAGUAACAUCUCAGGACGGACUAUAAUGGGGGUAAUUAGGGGCUCUGGAAGAGGUGUGGUGAGAUCAGAUACUUUAUAUUCAGGAUCUUCAGGAGGAACUUCCACCUCUUCGUCUUCUGGUGCAUACAUUACAAGUUCAUCUUCAUCUACAAAUACAGAUGCACCAACAACUGCUAUGCCCUUUAGAACAGAUGCAUCUGCAUUGGGUUCUUAUACACCACCUGUGGCUGCUGGGAGUGGUAAGAGGAGGUUUUCGGAGAUGCCACUGCAGCCGGGUUCAGCUCACAAGGAACAGCCUCAGACUACCUAUAGGGACCGUGCAGCUGAGCGUAGGAGCUUAUAUGGUUCUUCAUCUUCUGUUGGAGAUGAUCUAUCUGACCCGGGGAUUGGCGACUCGAACCGUGAUUUGGCAUUCAAAAGGGGUUUAAUGGAUUCAAUGCCUUUCCCCCCUGGUGUUGGGGGAGGUCGUGGUGCUGGAGAUGCUAAUAGCAAUGUUCAGAGUUAUGAGGUUAUUGCAGCAGACAAAGCGAUUGACGAGAGUAAUGUUGGCAACCGGAUGCUCCGCAACAUGGGCUGGCAAGAGGGCUUGGGAUUAGGGAAGGAUGGGAGUGGCAUGACAGAGCCUGUCCAAGCAAAAGCCAUGGAUAAUAGAGCAGGGCUGGGAAGUCAGCAAAAGAAGUUGGAUCCAAGCCUCGAGGUGCAGGCUGGGGACAGUUAUCGAACACUUAUUCAGAAGAAGGCCCUUGCAAGGUUCCGAGAGAUGUCGUAGGUAAGAAGAUGGGGAAGAAUCAGGAAAAAGACUGGACAAGCAUUUCAGAGUUUGCAGUGAGUAGUUUUUGUGUUGCAGAAAAUACUUUUAGGUUAGCAGCAUCCAUAUGAAUGUCCUAUUACACAUUUGUUGCUUUAAGAGUGUGUUUUCAUUGCACAAAUGAAAAAAUCCAAAUUGAAGUGUUGACAUUUUUGUUUAAAUCUGCAACUUUUUCAAGGAAAUAAAAUAUGUUGAUAGAAUGUUAUUAGAA